AACAAUCUUUAACUUGUUUUGCUCAACUUAAAUGCUGUUAUAUUGAUCAGGAUUAAUCAUUGACCUGAUCCCAGAUAGAGGAUAAAGCAAUGAAUUUUCACCCAGUGGCUCUUUGUCCGACAAGCAAGCUGAUACCUUGACAUCUCGUACAAACGACAGUGGAAAACAUGAGAAUAACAGCAGUUACUAUAUAUUUUUUCCUGGUCGUUGCUUCUGUCCUUGUCUUCUGUAACACCAGUGAGCCUCCAGUCUUCCACCUCGAAGCUCCACCUGAAUCACGCUCUCUGUUUGCUCCUCUGGAUGAUGUGCGUCUCCUCUCCAAUGGCCUCCUGCAGCUCGGCCAGAGUAUGCGGGAGUUUGUGCAAAAGACAAAGGGACAGAUCAACACCAUCUUCCAGAAGCUGAACAUUUUUGAUCGCUCCUUCAUCCAGCUGUCAACACUGGCCGGUGAGAUCAAGGAGGGGGAGGAGGAGCUGAAACAAACUACUGUGGUCCUAAACACACACAAUGAAGAAAUCAAGGAACUGUCUGAGAAAAUCAGCUCUAAGAUGGAGAGCAUACUGCAGGAGAAGAACCAACUUCUGAACAAAGUGAAUAGCCUGGAGGAGAAACUGAGCAGACUGUCCGUGGGCCUGUUGACAAUCACGCAGGUAGCAGAGAUCAACAGCCUCAGAGAAGUAAUCCAGCGCCAGGAGCAAAGCAUUGCUAACCUUUUGGAAGCUAUGGUGGAACAAGGCAGACAUCUGAACCACCAGACCAGGAAGAUCAAGCUUCUGGAGGAAAAGCUAGCAGCCAACACGUCAGCGCAGGAGACCUUUGAGAAGAUGGCAGAGAUCUCCAAGUCUGCACUGCCAACACCCACCCCUUAUCUGACCUCAGGCAACAGCAGCACCACAAUGAUGUCAGAUUUCCCAUCAGACUGCAGCGAACUGUUUGACAGAGGGGAACGGGCAAACGGAAUCUAUGCCAUCAAACCCAAUGGAUCGGAACCCUUCAUGGCCAUUUGUGAUAUGAGCAGAGGCCAUGGAGCGACAGUAAUCCAGCAAAGGAGAGAUGGUUCAAUCAAUUUUGAUGAACCAUGGGAAAAGUAUGAAAAUGGAUUUGGAGAUUUGCAAUGUGAGUUUUGGCUGGGUUUAAAGAAAAUCCGCUCUCUGGCCUCUCAGGGUAAUUCUGUCCUUCACAUUCAGCUGGAAGACUGGAAGCAGAACAGACACUCUAUCGAAUACAGAUUUUAUCUCGAAGGUCCAGAGAGUAAUUAUGCCAUACGACUCAUUCAUCUGUCUGGAAGUCUACCCAACACCAUGAGCAACCACACAGGAGUGAUGUUUUCCACCAGGGACAGAGACAAUGGCAGCCACUGGGCAUCCACAUGUGUCCACCCCCACUCAGGUGGAUGGUGGUUCAGCUCCUGUGGAGACACCAACCUUAAUGAGAAAUACUUGCGCAUGAGAGCCAAUGGGCGCUCAGAGCGCAGGAGAGGGAUCCAGUGGAAGUCAGGACGAAAGGUGUUUUACUCCUUCAUGGUCACCCAGAUCUCCAUCUGUCCUGCGGGCUCCAUCAGCCCCACCUACCCAGCAUCAGCCACGUCUGAAGCUACUGUUAAUCUCUGAUCCAACACCUGCUAUCACUAGCGGUUACACUCAUUUUAAACGGUAAUGAAAUAACAGCCCCUUUUAUGGAAGCCUUUUCAGUCAGUGCCUUAUUUGGUUAGCUGUAGUUUCAGGGAUUUGGAGCAUCAUAAGCAUGUCUCAGUACCAAUAGAUUAAAUCUAGUAAUACAAGGCAUGCAUUGCUUUGUGUUUAAAACACAGUCCAAUGAAUCACUCUAUGCCUUUACUACUGAGCUUUGUUUCAGAGCAUUAAAACCUUUUGUUAAGAUGCUUUUAGCAAGAGGCAAUGGAUUUAUGACUGAAGAUGUUGGACAUCACAUGGAAGAAAUCACAAAAGGCAACCUAAUUUAUGUUGUUCAUAAUGACUCUUGAUAUACUUUCCAACAUUUAGACCCAGAAAAAGUGUUUUGCUUAUCAGUUUUUAAUGCUGUUGUUAAACCCGUCUUCGUCGUCCACUGACCAUAUUGUCAUAAAGCAACACUCUGCAUUAACAUAGAAGUAUCAGUCGGCUGCCCAUGUGAACAAAUAGAGUGACGGUAGAACUGGAAUGUGUUGUGAAGAAUAGCUGCUGCAAUAUGCCUAAAAUAAAGAACAAGACUGUUUAAAAUCAUAGUCUGUAUCAAAAAAAGGAAAUUUACAUAUAAUUUAUACCUGUAAGUUCUUACCGUGAUCUAAUGUCACACCUUUCUGAACCCCUUUUAAGAUGUUCUUACAGUCGGUUUGCCAGCUAUGUGGUGUUAUGUUUCCAUGUUGCAAAAACUUCUUAAGGUGUUCAACACAUUACAGUUGCAGCAUUAAACCUGAAUAAAUGUGUGCAUAAUGUUAUUCCACAUGGUUUUCAUAAAACAAAUCUAAGAUUAAUUGAUUUGAAUUGAUUGAUUUCCUUAAAAACACGUUGCCCUGUUUAUGUAAAAUCUUAACUUCUUGUUGUACAUUGACACUGCUUUCAAGAUUACCUUUUCCUGAUACCUAUAUUGAAUCAGAAAACCUAUCCAUUCUCAAAAGAAAAAGAAAAUGUACCACUUUAAUUUCUAGGGUUUUACAUUUUAUUGCAUAAUAAAAAUAAUUUUUCUUUUCCA